CAAUUUGAAGGUGAUCGCUCGAGCGGCGACCGAAACUAGGAGCAGCGCCACGUUACGUCAUCACCGUCAGUCAAGAGGGAAACAUCAGAUAGCUUCCCUCUCUCUCUUUUGCUGUUCCCUGAGCAGGUGUCACUCCCGUCUGGCAACUCGCAGCUUUUCGUCACCCUUCACGAGAUAACCUGCGAAUUCAUUUCGAUUGCUUUAUCAGCUAUUGCACAGAGGCGUCAUUGUUAGCCAAUGUAUGCAUGAGGCAGGGACGCGCACACAUCAUUGCCAUCAAACGGUAACAAACACAAAAAUGUGGCGAGUUAUUCUUGGGGGUGACGGUUGCAGCCUGUACGAGCGUAAAAGGGGAAGAAGGCAGCGCAAUUUUUAUCUUCGCAGUUCCAAAAUCGGCCGCUAUGCUGCUUGGAAGGCCCGCCGGUCGCAGCUCGAGCGAUCACUUUCAAAUUGAUCGCGACUGUACGCCGUGCGUAGUCUGUUCAGGACACACGACUGAACAAGAGGGGUCAGCGGGACCCCCGAGCGUUUCCAGGGAAACAUCACAAUUAGAAUGUCCAAUUUGGAAACGCAAUAUUUAUUUUGCUUUCAACCAUUGCACCGGGCUGACUGGCGCGCUUUUGAGCUUCGGCCACCCGAUUGCCACCUCUGUUUUUCGGUGACGUAACGAGGCACCUUCCUUUUUUUUUUUUUUUUUCACGUCCGAAGCCGCGUUGCACUUGGCGCGGGUUUCGAAUGGAGUCGCAUGAAAGGGGCUGUAUAUAAUUGCGGCUUCCUCGAGGAAUUGAGGCUUCGCACCAUAGCUGCGCAGUCAACAGCUGCCUAAACAUAUUGCCGGUUUCGCCCGAAGCAUUGAAAGAGUAGCAAGGUUUAGCGUGGAGUGCUGAAGUGGCCUCGGAACGCCGGCGGGGCGAGCAUCGCCAGCGGCGUUCCAGACCGAAGGAGAGCUGUUGGCAUUGGUCGGCGUCCAAAGCUUAAAGGAUUACGUAAAUUUAUCCCGUCGUUGACACUGGUGGCGUUGAACGCACCCAGCAACAGCUGGUCAGUGGAAACGCUAAUGUUCGUGCACGCAAGGCUCAUGCCAGCAUAGAAGCCAGAUUGCUGUUCUGUCGCCGACAGAGCCGAUUGGGUGGAGCGUGACAGUGCUUCCACAAUUGGUUUCGUCAUUUUACAGCGAAGCUGUUUAUGGCUAGGGUCCUGUGCAUUUUUCUGCGCGUGCAAAAACCGUGGGCCGAUCACGGAGACCCGCGGCGGAGGCGAAGCAGGCUUCAAGCACUCCGACAUCUUGCAAAACUCUCGGGCCUCGCCUUCUCAGCGCCAAGGCACUUUUCGGAGAAGUCAUGAGAGUGUGCAAGAACUAUAUUCUUGCGUACGCCAAGACAAUGGCGCCUGACAAGGUGCACAGAACCAUCUUGGCAUUUUGUACCCAUUACAACACAUGCAAGUCCUUCGCCCGAAACGGAGCGCCGGAACUUGUAUAUGACUGCACUUUGCAAGUGGUUCGUAAACAGCAGGGUUUGUCAAAUGUAACGAGUCUGCACAUCUCCGAAGCUCACGUAGAAACUUCACAAAAGGCGCUGGAGUGCAUGUGGAAAGUAUAUCGCAGUCGUCCCCUUGAUAUGCAAGCAAUGGACGAUGCUGUCGCUGUAGGGCGGCAAGCAGUAUUGACUUUCGGAUGGACCUGAAUAAAAAAGAAGGCACUACGAUUGAACAAGCGCACAUUGAUUAAUAAAGAACUGUUUGUUUGCAUCUU